CAGCUUUGCGGAGCUCGCGUCAUUUUUAGCGCGCUCCCUUCCACUCACUCGCGAAACCCCGCACGGAACAAAAACACAGUUGUGUCGCGCGGCGCGUGCUAGUGGCAUGGCCUCAGCAUGAACGCCGGCGAGCAGAGUAUCGUAGCCGAUUGGCUUCGCACCCUGGGACUGCCUCAGUACGCGGAGAGCUUCGUGGACAACGGAUACGAUGACCUGGAGAUUUGCAAGCAGAUUGGCGAGCCCGACUUGGAUGCCAUCGGCGUCACCGAUCCGAGGCACAGGGACCGCGUGCUUCAGGCCGUGCGAGUGUUGCUUGAGCAGGGCGGCACGUCCGUGUACUUCACCCUGGAGGAAGCGGCCAGGCAUUCGCGCGUCUCGGCGGCAUCGGCCAGCGAGUACGGCUUCGACGACUGGGCGCCGGCGCCGGACAAAGCAGCGGUGCGGCCGGAUUCGCUUCGCUACUUUCAGGACGAGUACGAAGAGGGCAAGGCCGAACUGGUGCGCUUUCCCAAGAUGCAGCUCAAGAUCAUGGUCAGGGAGAAAAUGGUUCGCGAUGGGAUACGCCUCAGCAUGCAACCGUACAGCAACCCGGACGGCAGUCGCGGAGACCUGGACAGUCUCGCGAGGCGCUACGCGGAAGAACUGCGGACACACUUCCAGGACGUUCUCGAGAGACUAGAGGAACUGCGGAAGCGACGAGUGGCUGCCGACUUUGCUCAGCUUCCGGAUGACAUUACCAAUAAUUUGGCCUAUAGGGCGCCUCGCUAUUACAGACCUGGCAAAUACAUGCCUUCAAGUUGCCUGAACGAGCCGGAAGACGACUGCGGCGGCGUGGUGGACCCUUACGGAGUCUACGGCGUCCGCCUCGGCCCCUUCGUCGAGAGUACGGGAUCUCCGCAACGGUGCCUAAGUCCUCGCUCCAAGUACUUCUACGAGCCCUGUCCGUUUUCUGCAUCCGACUGUCGUGAGGGGGGUGCGGAGUCCGGCCGCUCCAAGAAGGCAUCGGGCGGCAGCGGAAGCGGCGGCGGUGGCACCGGCCUGGGCCGCCUCUUCCGCACGCUGGGCAGCAAGAAGGAGCGCUGCAAGACCUCCCCGCGCCAUCUGGCCUCCAGGCUCAGGCCAGCCGCCAUCGGAGCCACGUCGGCGGGCCGGCAGCCGGACGCCGCCGCGGCGCAGCUGCAAUGGGCCGCGCCUCCGGAAGUGUCGCCACCCUCGUCGGGGCUGCAGCAGCCGGGCCUGGACGAAGAGCUGCUGACCGACGACCGGUGUCUACAGCUCAUGCUGGCCGUCCGAGAGGGUCACAUGACCGGAGACCAGGCGCUGAACAGGAUUCGACAACGGGGCACCCUGCGAUUCCGCAACAACCGAAACCGUGAAGAGUUGCUGAACGACCUCGCCAGGAGUCUGGUAUGGAACCAAGGUGGCCCAAAGAAGGCGCAGGCUAACUCGGUGUUUUACACAGAUGGUUUGGCUCCGGCGACCGGUGGCUGCCUGGGACCAUGCCGGGGUCCUGCGGCUCUGGCAGCGCCCGCGCAGCCCAUCUACUACGAACCGCCGGACGCCGUGGGGCUGGUGGCGACCGGGUCUCCCCUGCGCGCGGCCAUUAUGAUGCCGGCGCCGGGAUCGUCGUCUUCCUCCUCUUCGUCCUCGGUCUUGCUUUCCGACCGGUGCUGCGGGACAAGCGCGAUGAGCAGCACCAUCCCCCGCCCUAACGCUGUAGGGUCUCCCUUCAGGGCGCCCAAGCCAAUCUCGGACCCCGGUCCGGCCACGACGGCCCCGGUCUACGGUGCAACCACCGAGGUAUGCGACGGCAACUGCGGCAACAUCAUGUGCAGCGUUCGCGCCUCCUCUGACGGCAGCCCUCCGUCGUCCGAGCCGUCCACCUUGCUGCUUCCGGGUCACACGACGGUGCUGACGUCGUCACCCAAGGCGUCUUCACCGCCCGGCGCGUCGGACCUCGUCAACGACGACGACUGCCGAGGAGACGUUAACGCUGGCGGCGACUGCAAGAACGACGGUUCGCCCACGGGGGACGCCCAGCGCACCGUGCCCGACGUGGCGCACGACAGCGAGCUCAAACGUGCCGCGCUCGCGGCGGCGGCCGCCGCUGGCGGCGCUGGCGACAGGCCAGCUUCCGACGACGUCCGCGCGACGGCGUUUGGUGCUGCGGUCGGCUCGGCGUCGUCGGUGGUGGCAGCGGGCGGCGUGACCGGCGGCGCUCCGAGUGUCGAGUCGUCGUCUGCCAACGUCAGGGUCGUUACGAUGCUGGGCAAGCUUCGGGGACGCACGCCAACUCGCAACAGUUACUCUGCCAGUGAGGAAGGCCAGUCCCAGUCUUCAGACUACGAAGACCAGGAGGAGGCUGAAAAGCAGAUGGGAGAAGCCCAGAAAACUCCGGACCAGCAGCUCAGGAACUCACUCGUAGGACGUGUCAGGCAUCUUCACAAGGACGUCAAGAAAAAGAUAUCUCGUUUCAGAAACAGUCGCAGCUCUGUGGAUGGAACGAUGGAAGACAAAGACCUUCCUGAUGAAAUCCUCCAACCAGGAAGCUCCGUGGAAAGCAUUCCCAGUGGAUCAGUGGGCUCCCGAUCAAGCAUACAGGCACACACUCCCACCAGCAGCAAUAGGAGCUCAUCUUCUAUUGGUGAAGAAGAGUGCAACCCUCAAUGUUUUGGCCCUUUUGUCGGUCGGGCACGUGCGCUUGUCGACUGUGUGCCUUCUCCAUACGACAAGGAUGGCCUGGCUUUCAAGAAAGGAGACAUCAUCGACAUUUUGUCUAAGAACACGACAGGCACCUGGGUCGGUGUUGCUAACAAGAAGGUGGGCCAUUUCAAGUUCAUCAAUGUAGAGGAAAUCCCGACCGAAACGAAGCCCCGAAAACGAAGGUUCCCAAGCGUGCCGAAGCUGGAGCAGAGGCCCAAAUCUCUGGAAGAGUUGCUUGGAAUGUUUUCGCUACAGAAUUAUGUCAACGUGUUCAUGCUGCACGGCUACCAAGAUCUUGACACCUUCAAGGAAAUCAUGAAGGAAGACCUGGAGAGCCUGGGAAUCAAUAACGAAGACCACCAGAUGCAGAUCCUCAGGGCCGCUGAGGCGCUUCUCGAACACGAUGGUGAAAUACUUGGCGAAUACCUGGAGGCACCUGUGAGCCCUGAACUUCCACCUCUCAAGGAAGGGGACAGCGACGUAACUCUCGACGGUGUUAUCAACGAUCUCGACAGUGCACCAAGUGCAUUCCAGAAUGACCGAAAGGCAUUUGCGGUGACCGGCGAUGGCGACUCUUUGCUAAACAAUGGUAGCAAUCUUCUGCGUUUCCCAAUGAACAUCCCCGUGCCUGAACCGGAUAGCCCACCAGCCUUCUCGACGAGGUGUGACGACUCCAAAGAGAGGGCGUUCAAUGGCACCAACACUCCCCCUCUUCCGUCGUCAAUAGUCAGUGCAGCCGUUGAACGGUUCGAGCUGCGUCGAGCUUCGGCGGAGUGCAUCCGAAACCACAUUCCAAAGAGCCUGCAGAACGUAUUCCGCAAGCUGAGCGGCAAUGGAGGUGACGACGAUGGCCGUUCUGCAUCCUUCGACGAAGAGGCACUGGCCGAGUCACCCGCCAAGACGUCGUACGGCUCGAGCUUUGCUCGGAAAGUGAAAGCAUCGGCCUUUCUUCGGAGGGACUCUCACGACCCCCGUAAGGCCAGCGAUAGGAAGGCUAGCCUACACAAUGCGGAGGAGACGGCUGCAGCGGCGGCACUCUCCCUGCACAUGUGCAUCGAACACAAGCUCGCUGCCGAGGGCAUUGACCUUUGCCAGGAGCCUUACACAGACAAGACUGGCUUUUGUGGCAUACCGCCAGCCUUGGUUCAGCGGUAUUCUGAAGAACUGCAAAGGGACAUAGCAGAAACUGCGGAAGCCCUGGACCAGAUUCGCAUCACGGAAUUGGACCGCAUUGGCAAACAAGGGGUUCCCAAUGACUUCCUGGCCGACUCUUGCCACGGCAGCAGCGUUGAUGCCGACUACUCCGGUGGCCUUCGGCCCUGGCUGGUCUCGCUCGGCCUGCCCAUGUAUGAACCGCUGUUCCUCGAGGCUCGACUCUGCGACCUGGCUCGCAUUGCCCAGCUGCAAGAGCAGGACCUGCGCGCAUUGGGCAUCUCGAACGUGCGGCACGUCCGGCACUUGGCAGCCGCCAUUGGCGCGCUUCAAAUGGAGCAAAGCCGUUAUGGCCUGGAGCUGCGAUGACAGAUCCUGCACCGGUGGCAUGCCACUCGCGAGCAAGUGGCGCGCACUUGCGAACGCCUGCUGUCGAGCGGGAGCGACACUAGGGCGCUGUGGCGGCGGGCCUCAUCGCCAUAGUAGGUGAAAAAGAGAGAGAGGGUGGCCGGUUCACUUUCUCUGUGUGUAUGAGGGGGCUGGCGACUUCGUACUAUGAGUGGAAAAAGAUACAUUUUUGGCCACCGUAGCUUGUGUUUACGAGGUGCCCGAAACGAGAGUGGUUGUAGGCGCUCAUUAAGCCAGGCGAGUUGAUACAUUUGCAUGACGAAACCAGUCAACUCUUUCCUGGAAACUACAUUUCACCAGCAAACCAUCAUCUUCUUUUUGUUGCGUUCUUCGUACUUGUGUGCUGGUUUGAUCAUGAAAGACUAGUAUUCUGUACAUGACUACAGUGCAAGGAGUCCCAUCCUGAUGAAAGGUUGUUCCAUUCAACAAUGGUUUGCCAUAGUCUUCAGCAGCAUCUCGUUUCAGUUGCUGUAGACUCCUAGUGUGGCUACUCCUUUUUCCUGCUCAGCAUGCAGUCUUCACUUGUGGAGUGCUGCAUGAUGUCAGAAGCCAGCUUCUUAACGGUGCUGGACAUCAGCGAAGUGUCAAGUCCGCAAGUGCCGGAAAACAUUAUCGGGGUCUGGGUGUGCAAUUGCUAUUGAUGAGUGCUUUGUAUUUUCUUCAUGGCAAAGCUGAGAGUUUAGUUCCUUUCCACUUUCUGACCAUGGGCAUAGGCCAAUUAAAAACUGGUAAUGCGCAGAGCGUCAGGAGUUUCACAAAAGCAACGUAACAUAAAACUCCCAGUAUUUAUGCUUCUAGUGUCAACUUUUUUGUUUCGGCAGGCGACGUACAUUCGUGUGGGAAAAUCAGGCACGAGACUGCAGAGCAAGUUGGUCCUGUUGGUUAGAAUUCAUUUCAAAGUAUAAAAUUGUUCAAAAACGAAACAUGACCAUUAUGAUGUAUUUCUUGCUACCUGUACAUGCUUGGCUUUUGGCUGUUUUGUGGUAUUUAACGAGUUGUGCGCAUCAUUUCUUAUAUUGCUCACUGAUCACUGUGAGUGCCCGGUAUGGCUCCAUGUGCAUUGUUCUUGUGUAUGGCAUUCUAAGUUAGUUGCACUUUCUUGGUAAAAUGUUGCUUUCGGUGGCAUGUGUAAGGAGCUUGCAUUUGCGCUCUGUGGCUCGCUGAAAAAUUGCUGGAAACUUGUUGCGAGGCUAGAGUAUCUUUUUCUUUCAAUACCCAUCACUCACAAAGUCACAGUCACUGAGCCAAAGGCCACGAAAUUUUUUGUAUUUUGGGAGGAAAAUGCCUUCAUUGCAUGUUUCGCGAUCGUACUUACAUGCCAUGCACUUCGUCAACAAGUACCGGCUGGUUCGGUGCCAGUUCUGGCUCGUGCAAAGUAACCACAGCAUGACCUGUGCAAGCCCAGCCUUGCCUCUCCAACAAAAGCAAGGACUGCUGAGUACUCUUUUUGGGGGAAGAAGCCUGUGUGGUGUAUAACAUGAUCACAUGCAGACGCUUCCAGUCUCGUGAAAUGAUGGUGAAGUACAGAGCGCCCUGAGCCACUUCUCAUAGUGCAGGUGAACCUCAUUGAGUCUUCGUUCCAGCACCUUUGUGUCUCACAUGCAAAUUCAAUAGAAGUCAAACAUCCUUGUGCUGUGGCUUUCCUCAAUGCACCUGCAGUAGAGACAGGAAACCCACGUAAAGGAAAACAUGCGAUUAAGUUCCUUCUUAUUCAUAUUGAAAUACUGAGACUUGCUUUCUAGCUCCAUUCUGCCUUCGAAGCCACCUCUCAGGCUUUGAAUGGAAAGAGUGGUUCCUAGGAAAAUGGGCCUUGUGCUGCAGUACGCAGAUGUUUCUGCUGCACGUCUAAACCGUCAUGCAUUCAAAUCAAGGACUUGUGCAUUCGCAGAAAGCUGCCCUUUAUGAGCACUUUUUUUGUAUGCAGUUGUGCGUUUUCGUCACUAGCGAGGCGUGGCGUGUGCUUAUACUAGCAGGCCCAGGCACCAUGAUCCAAGCUUGACAAAAUAUUGCGCCAUACUGCAGGAAUGAAGUCGGAAAGCGGGAGGGGGCCACAGAAUCGUACCGGUUGAUGACUAGAGAGCACAGUCAUUUAUAUUUCUGGCGUCUCGAAAAGCAAUACUCUUAGAAAGAUUGUUACUGUACGCACGGUAGAGACAACUUUUUCGCCCCGUUUGCCAUUCGUUUUCAUGCGGUGGUCAAAAUGUGCCAGUCUGUCUGAAGUCGAGGCCUUUACCACCAGGAUGAAACACAGUAUGUUGUUUAGUGUAAAACAUGGCUGUAUUUGAACUCUUGACACGCUCUGCUUCUGCGUUCCUAAGAUUACCAAAGUGAUAACAAAACUGUCUGCGAGGUUGAACCAUUGCAUGUUUGUUGCAAAAGACAGCGUUCUAUAAUAAUGUUGUAAAUAACAAAAAAAUAAUGAUUGCAUGCAUGAAAGGAAGUGUGUACAUGAUGUAUGUAUGUCUGUACAAUGGUGUAUUUACAUGUAACAGUAAAUGAAUGCUCGCCCAAGGCAUUGUUGCACAAGAUUUUGCAAGAAUGAUUCAGGGUGUGUGCAAAACAAUAUGGGCCGUCAUAGCUACCAAACCAUUCACCUAGGUGCAGCGUUAAGCCUCCAUUUUCGUUGUAUUGUCAACAGAGGCAAUGGCUUUCUUUUUGGCUUCGAAUCCUUAAGAGGCUUAAGAUGAAGAAAUUUUGGGCAGCACUAAUGGGAAAUGAAUAGGUGCGGCCACUGUUCCAGUGAUGUUGACUUGGCGUUCGGAGUUUGCGAAUCACUUCUUUAAAAAAAAAAAUGCUGCUUUGAUCACUCAUAAAUAACGAAAGUCCGUGAAGUGCUGCAUUCCUCAGCCAUCAGUAGUAGUUACUGCCUUGUGCAUUUGUCUAGUCAAGCGUAAGGUGUACUUCUCACAAUACUGUAGUCCUGGUUCAUGCCUGGUGCUUCCCAUGUGCACUUUCGAUACCAACGCAGAAAUCCACUCACUUCCAACAGGGAAAUGUAAAUAGCGCUGUAAAGAAAUCGAGUCACGUCUUUCUCUGUGCCCUGUACUCUACCGAGAUGCCGACAUAGCUGUUAUUGUAUGUACAGUAAAAGCUCCUGUGAAUAAACUUAUGUUUUUAAGUACA